GUCCAUUUAUAAUUAUGCGUCCGUCCAUAUAACAUCUUCGUUUUUUGGUGAUCAUGGACUUCACAAGCGUACAGUUAUUCAGUUACUAGCCAUUUAUUAUUCCGGACACAUCUACUACUGAUUUUGGGCAUAAUUUGAAAUUAUUUUUCGAAUUGUAAUAGUAUAUUAACAGUUCCGAGUGCUUCGAUUACAUUAUUAUUAUCAAUUUUUUAUUCUUUUAUUUUUCUUUUCGUUCGCCAAUUACAGCUGAUAUAAUGUUCACAAUCUUAUUGGGUUUUAUUUCAUUUUUAUUUUUAUUACACUAUUAUAUAAAAUAUCGAAGAAUAGGAAGAAUACUUCAAGAUGUUCCAGGACCAAAAGCAUAUCCCAUAAUAGGAAAUAUUUUAAGAUUCCAGUCUAGCAAUUUAGAAAAAACUUUCGGAAAACUUUUGGAAGUCGAUAAAGAAUACUAUCCAAUCUAUAAAGUAUGGUCCUUCUUUUUUACCUCGGUAACUCUACUUCAUCCGAAGGAUAUUGAGAAACUAGUCAAGAGUAGCAAAAAUAUAGAAAAAAGUACAGCUUAUAAUUAUAUAAAACCUUGGCUAUCUAAUGGAUUGGUAACUAGCAGUGGUGACACAUGGCAACGACGACGAAAAAUUUUAACGCCUUCCUUUCACUUUAAUAUUCUGAAACAUUUUCUUAUAACAUUUAACGAAGAGGCAAAAUAUCUUGUAACAUCAUUGAAAGAGGAAACCAAAGAUGGGCCAAUUAUAAAAGAUACGUUGCAGCUUGCAAACAAGCACACUUUAAAUGCUAUAUGCGAAACGGCCAUGGGUAUCCCUUUAAAGGGAAAAGAAGAGUUACAAAUUAAAUACCGCGAAGCUGUUCACAAUUUCAGCAAAAUUGUAUCGUACAGAAUUUUGAGACCUUGGUACCAUUCAGAUUUCAUAUUUUCAUUUUCAUCGCUUGGCAGAAAACAAAAAAAACUUUUGAAAACAUUGCACGAUUUUUCAUCAAACAUAAUCACGGAAAGGAAACGUUUUCAUCAACAAACUAACGGGAAAUACUUACAAAAUUUGGAAGAAAUGGAUGAAAACGACGUAUUUGCUAAAGAAUCCAACAAUACUUAUAAGAAUUCGAUGUCCAAGAAAAAACUUGCUAUGUUAGAUUUACUCAUAGCCGCUUCGAAAGAUAAUCAAAUCAAUGACGAAGGAAUUCAAGAAGAGGUCGAUACUUUCAUGUUUGCUGGUCACGACACUACGGCAACAUCAUUAAAUUUUUGUUUGCUUCUUUUUGCAAAACACAAAUCUGUACAGGAAGGUAUAAGAAACGAAGUGAACAAUAUCAUGCAACAAAAUGAUUGUAAUUUGACGAUCUCGAUGCUUGGUCAAUUUUCAUAUAUGGAAAGAUGCAUAAAAGAAUCACUGCGUUUGUAUCCUAGCGUUCCUUCUAUAUCACGUUAUUUAUUAGAGGACUUGCAAUUGGAGAAUCAUUUAAUCCCAGCCGGUGUGGAUUGUCGCUUAAGUAUUUACAGUAUACACAAGGAUCCAAACUAUUGGCCAAAUCCAACGAUUUUUGAUCCUGAUAGAUUUUUACCAGAAAACAUAAAGAAUCGUAAUCCUUAUUCGUACAUACCGUUUAGUGCAGGAUUACGAAACUGUAUUGGUAAAUGUUGCAUACAACAAACGAUCAACUCGAAAUUAUUGUUUCAUCUUUUUUCUUUUUCUCCUUUUUUUUUUAUUUUAAUAGGUCAAAAAUACGCUCUCCUCGAAAUUAAAGUAAUGUUAGCCUACAUAUUGCAUCAUUUUCGAUUAGAACCAGUGGACGAAUUGGAUGAUGCUAAAUUCAUGGGAGAUAUGAUUUUGACUUCAACGAAACCGCUUCAUGUCAAAUUUAUACCUAUAAAAUGAUAAUGAUUAAAUCUAUUUUUAUAUUAUAUUUUUCUUGGAAAAUGGAAUAAAUAGCAAAUAUAAGGGGACAUAUUUUCUAUAAUUUUGGUAUAUCGGUAGACAGAAAUAUUUGAUCUGUAUUGUAUUUUUAUUUGCAAAUAUGUAAUAGAACGAUAAUUCAUGUAAAAAUAUUA